GGAGACAUCUCGGCGUGGACCUCCAGCGUCUGUCCAGAGCUCUUGGAUUAGGCUGCAGACUUCCAGCUCACUGUACAGUACGGUCGUUGGUUGGCUGACGACCGUCGGACCGGCUCCCGCGGAGGGGGGGGGGGGGGGACGAUUGUUUGGAUACGGAUUGAGGGACAAAAAAAACAAGGAAGAAAGAGAAAGCACGUCAGAAAAGGACUUACUGAGUGAGGGAUGAAAUAGCCGAGAUAAAGAACGUCUUGGUUCCAGGUGACGGUUGGAUGAAGAGAGGGAGGGAGAGAGGGAGGGGGAGAGGGAGGGGGAGAGCGGUGUGUGUUUUGGGGGUGGACGGACACUAGCAGAGGGGAAGCUGUCGCUUGUUCUCCGUGUGUGCGUCUGUAGCCAAACCAGACCUACCUCCGAGCCUCAAACACACUCCUCCAUCUGCUGCCCGGGAGCCCGCCCGCCUGCUUUCCCUGGACUCAACCCCUCUGACAGAGUGUGUGUGUGUGUGUGUGUGUGUGUGUGUGUGUGAGAGAGAGAGGGAGACACUUUGAAGAGCUGACUCCCUGAGGUCAGGAGGCUGCGACGUUAUCCUUUGUGACAGCGAUGGAGGAGCUCCAGUAGACGGGACGUUCAGACUCCAGAUUCAACAGGGAGUCCGGCUUUUGGACUUUUAUCCACGAGCUUGUGUAGUGUGUGUAGUGUGUGUAGUGUGUGUGCGUGCGUGCGUGUGUGUGUGCGCGCGGCCUAUGUGGGCGUUGAGGGAUGCGGAUCUGAGGAAACCGCGCGCUCCGAUGCCCGCCGCCAUGCACCCGUGCCCCUCGCCGGCCGGGCCCGACUGGAGCUUCCAGAACCCGGUGGGGGUGGACUGCAGCUCCCCUGAGCCCCGCUGCAUCUGGCUGGCGGUGCUCCGCGGCGCCACGGGUUCGGCUCGGCCCGCCGCGCCGCCCGCCGGGCAAGGCCGCGAGUGUCUCCGUCCCGGGGGUAAGGGGCGGAGGGAUGGUCUCUCCUCGGCCGGUGACAACCCCCGGCCGCCGAUGGCGACCCGGCCGGGAAGGGAGGGGGUCGGCGUGGCCUGGAAGGGUCCCCGGACGCUGGUCCUGCAUAAGAACUCCCUGGGUUUUGGCUUCACGCUACGCCACUUCAUUGUUUACCCUCCAGAGUCGGCCCUGCACACCAACCUCAAGGAUGAGGAGAACGGUAACGGAAAGGGGUAUCAGAAAGGUCGGCUGGAGCCCAUGGACACCAUAUUUGUGAAGAGUGUGAGGGAAAAAGGGCCGGCCCAUCAGGCGGGCUUGUGCACAGGGGAUCGGCUGGUGAAAGUGAACGGGGAGAGUGUUCUAGGGAAGACGUACUCGCAGGUGAUCGCCCUCAUUCAGAACAGUGAAAGUGUGUUGGAGCUCUCCAUUAUGCCAAAGGAUGAAGACGUGCUUCAGUUGGUAAGUGCAUACUCCCAGGAUGCCUACCUGACGGGCAACGAACCCUACGCAGGGGGAGCCGAGUACCUCCCACCGCCGCCUCCCCUCUGUUACCCACCCGCCAAGGCCACGACCCCCGCUGGAGCCCCUUCGCCGGGCUCCAUGUGCCAGAACCAGCUGGAUAAUUGGGGUCGCUGGCCGAGCUCUUCCGGCCCCUCUUCGCCCCUGGACAACCGCUCGGCUGUGGGCAGCCCCGCCAGCUGGCAGGAAGGACGCGCAGGAGAGCCGGGCGGCGUGGGUCACAGCAGCCCGGCCCACCGCACAGAGGAGAUCCAGUACGGUAUGACCAGCCAGCAGCCUCAGGGGCAGACCAGGGGGCGCUCCUACUCUUCCUCCUCCUCGUCGGGAGGCCCGCUGUCCAGCCCGCUGCAGGUCCACUACUCAAACCACCACGCCGCCGCCGCCAGCGCCUCUCACGCUCAGCCACGCAAGUCCAGCUCGGCCUGGACCAGUGCCCCCCAGGCGCAGGUCAGCCAUGGCCACACCGAGCGCCGGCAGCAGGCCCUCUCCGAAUGGUACCACAACCAGGGCCCUGAGCGCUCAGGCCGCAGCAUGCAGACCCGCCACCGCAGCUACUCCCAGGACCGGCUCAGCGAUUCGAGGAGGCAGCAGCAGCGGUCCGGUGGCUGGCCGCACAGCGCCUCCCAGGACACGCUGCUGUUACUACAGCAGUCGGGACCGGGGCCCCAGGGAGAGCCCUACUGGUCCUAUGGAGAUCGGGAGGGGGCCGCGGGCAGGGGCCCGACCGCCACUAACUACACCCGGACGCGCUCCGAAAACCUGCUGGCCCAGUACGAUUGGCAUGGCCGCUCGUUGGAGAUGCUGGACCGAGCGGCGGCCGCACUGGUGUCGCCUCAUUUCGAGAGGCCCUCGUGGCCCCAGCAGGCUCCCCAGCCGCCCCCCAGGACUGACGCCCACCCGAGGCAGGGGAAUCAUUACGGCGCGGGGCAAGCGCCUCCGAUGCCCCGGCACGCGCAGUCACAUUCCAAACACCACCCUCAGACUCAAACCCCGGCCCACCACCAGCCUCAGGCCCAGCAGGUGGCCCCGCAGAGCAGGCGGCUCCCGUCCGGGCAGAGCAUGGACGACCAGCCGGUGGGCUACCGCAGCUACAGCCCCUCUUUUUACCGCAAGACGGGUCGCAUCAUGCAGCAAGCGCACUCUUUCAGGGACCCGUCGUACUCCGGCCCUCACAUGAACUGGAACCCGACGCCCAAAACGAGCCCCCCGGAAGGCUCGCCGGCGCCGCUCGCCGCGUCCCCGCUCGCCUCUUCCAGCCCCGAAUCCCAGGACAAAGCGUACAGGCCGACCAACCACGAGAGGGAACGGGGGCCGGUGGAGGCGCAGGCGGAGGCGGUGGCACAGACCCAGGAAGUGGUGCUGAGGCAGAAACCCCCCACCGGGCGAAGGAACGCCCACGGCAUGCGUCACCCCCACUACGCGCUGCCCAUGGACGGGCUAGAACCCUCUUUGUUUUCCCCCGAUCCCCAGGACGCGGCUACCGCCCCGGGGUCCCGGGGAGAUGUCCAUGCCCCACGGAAACCCAACGGCAACCUCGCCCCCCUCCCCAUGGAGGACGACUCCCUGGCCUCGAUCCCCUUCAUAGAUGAGCCGACCAGCCCAGGUGCUGAUUUGCGCGCCCGCCAUGUGCCGGCGUCCUCCGUGGUAUCCAGCGGCAUGAACUCGGCGCCCGCCGUGGUCACCAGCCCCGCCUCCCCCACCUUCACCUUCCCCCCCACUAGACUCUUCUCGCAGGAUUGCAGCAGUAUUAAAUCCGGUCGCCGUUCCUCCUAUCUUCUAGCCAUCCCCACGGAGCGCUCCAAGUCAUGUGACGAAGGACUCAACACGUUCAGGGAGGAAGGGCGAGUCUUCUCGAGGCUACCAAAGAGAGUGAAGAGUUUCUUCACAGACGGGUCUCUGGAAAACCUUGGUACAGCGGAGGAGGUUAGAUCCAAACGCCACUCCACCUCCGAGCUGGGAAACAUAACGUACAGCGAUGUGCUGCGAGAAGGAUGGCUGCACUUCAAGCAAAUCCUCACGGAGAAGGGCAAGAAAGUGGGCAGCGGAAUGCGUCCGUGGAAGCGAGUCUUCUCUGUGCUUCGCUCCCAUUCGCUGUUCCUCUACAAGGACAAGAGGGAGGCGGUGCUCCGCGGGGCCACGAUCGGGAGCGCCGCCGAGGACGAGCAGCCCAUCAGCAUCCGCGGCUGCCUGGUGGACAUAGCGUACAGUGAGACCAAGCGGAAGCACGCCCUGCGCCUCACCACCCAGGACUUCUGCGAGUACCUGCUCCAGGCCGAGGAUCGGGAGGACAUGCUGGACUGGAUAAAGGUCAUAAGGGAGAACAGCAAGAGUGACAGCGAGGAGCUGGGUUUAUCCAGACAGGCCCUGAUCAAUAAGAGGCUGAAUGAUUACAGGAAGCAGAGUCCGACGGGCGGCAAGCCCGACUCCUCUCCCAGGAUGUCCCGCAUGAAGCCUCCCUUCCUGCUGGCCAAGGCGGAAAACGCUGCGGGGGCUCCGCGGUCCCCCAAAUCAGAGGGCAAAGAUGAGAGCGGUCCCCCGAAGUCCCCGUGGGGAAUCAACAUCAUGAAGAAGGCAAAGAAGGCCGGGCCCAAAGCUUUCGGCGUGAGGCUGGAGGACUGCCAGCCGGGCGUGAUAAACAAGUUCAUCCCGUUGAUCGUGGAGAUCUGCUGCGGCCUGGUGGAGGAAAUGGGUCUGGAGUACACGGGAAUAUACCGGGUGCCGGGGAACAACGCCAUGGUGUCGGCGCUCCAGGAUCAGCUCAACAAGGGAUGCGACAUCAACCCCACAGAGGAAAAGUGGCAGGACCUCAACGUGGUCAGCAGCUUACUCAAAUCCUUCUUCAGGAAACUUCCAGAGCCGCUCUUCACAAACGAUAAAUACAACGACUUCAUCGAUGCCAACCGGAUGGAUAGCACAUCAGACAGACUGAAGACCAUGAAGAAACUGAUCCGAGACCUCCCAGAUUAUUAUUUCCACACUCUGAAGUUCCUGGUUGUUCACCUGAAGACCGUCGCCGACAGCUCGGACAAAAACAAGAUGGAGCCCCGUAACCUGGCUCUAGUGUUCGGGCCGACUCUGGUUCGGACAUCUGAAGACAACAUGAAAGACAUGGUCACGCACAUGCCCGACCGCUACAAGAUCAUUGAGACGCUCAUCCAACAUUGCAACUGGUUUUUCACUGAAGAGCAAGACAAGGAUGAGAAGACGCCGGUGGACACGCAGGACGUGCAGCCCGCCCCCAACAUCGACCACCUGCUGCCCAACAUCGGGCGGACCGGGGAGGCCUCAGACUCAACCAACAGUGACUCCGCUAAAUCAAAGGGCUCCUGGGGGUCAAAGAAAGACCUUUCACCCAAAGACUUCUUGACUCUGUCCAUCAUGUCGGCCGUUACGGGCCGCCAACGCAGGAAGCAACACAACGCCCGCCGCUUUGGCAGCAGCACCGAUGACGACUCCGAGCACGAGCCAAUCAAAGCCGGACAUGUAGGGGCGGAGGAGGAGGAGGCGGAGGAGGAGGCGGGGCUCCCUUUGGGAGACACUGCCCCUCGAGCGGAGGGUGAGGAGGACGAGGACGACGAAGAAGAAGAGGAAGAUGAGGAAGUUGUUGACAGCGGAGCGAAAGAGGAGGUAGAAGAGGAGAUGCAGGCGGGUAUUCCCAGCAGGCCGUGCUGUAAAGACGAGGAGGCGGGAGGAGGAAGGCCGCCAGCCGCGUUGUCGCGCGAGGAGGAGGCGCGGGUGGAGGUGAAGGCGCCGCCGUGGAAAGCCCCGGACGACGCUCGCUCCAUCGUCUCCGGCUACUCCACGCUCUCCACGUUAGGCCGCAGCCUGGGGUCGGAGGGCAGGGGGGGCGACGCCGACGACGAGCACAGCGAGCUGGUGAGCGAGACGGACAACGAGAGCGGCUUCGCCUCGCGCUCCCUCACCCAGGAGAGGCCCGACAAGCACUCGGCGCCGCCCGCCGGCGCUCAGGCCGCCCCGCGCAGCUUCCUCUACACGCACUACAAAUCCCCCGUCCUCUCCUCCGCCAACCAGGUCGCAGCGCCGCCCGCGCCGCCGGCGCCGGAUGCGGCGGGUCGGGGCGAGGGAGGGGCGCGGUCGGUCACUCCCACGUCGUCGUCGUCGUCCUCCGCCACAGCCCACAGACUGCACUCCAGACCUUCCUUCAACUCCCACAAGCUGAUCCAGUGCGACACUCUGGCCCGGAAGAAGCUGAAGUCGGAGAAGGGCAAGGCCCGCUCGCCGGACCUGCCGGAGCUGCCCGGCAGCGCCCACAGAGGGAAGAGGGAGAGCUCCAGAACCAACCCCUCCCCGGGCAGCAGCCAGGAGAGCCUGGCCCGGCCCAAGCUGCCGCCCAGCGAGGCCGCCUCCUUCACCCCGACCGGCCCCGGCGGGCGGUCCCUGGCGGAGCAGGUCCGCGCCCGCCUCAUGGGCUCGGCCGACGACCUGCGCAUCGUGGGGCUGCGGAAGCCCCUGUCGCCGGAGACGCGCAGGAAGAGACGCGCCUGGCGCCGACACACCGUGGUGGCCUCCCCGACGGAGAUCUCCGACAAGAGGCCCCAGCUGACUGUCGGGGGCGACUUCCGCCUCUCUCCCAUCUCUCAGAGCCAGGGGAAGACGGCGGGGCCGCCUCGGGAGGCCGACGGGCUCGACCAAGGCCCGGCGACGCGUCACGCGGCCACCUCUAGGUUCCACCAGUAUCUGUGAGCGCGGCCGGUCGGCUCCUCCGGGAGACCGGGCUUCUGUGCUGGGGGGGGGGGGAGCCGGCAGCAGCGUGAAACAGAGUCAGAGGUCAGAGGGCGCCGGGCAGCACAGUGUUCCCCUGAUCGGGACCUUGAAAGCAGCCCAGCCUUCUUUAGUUUUUGAUAAGCUCCACUUGAAUGGCCAAGGGGCCUCCCUGUGUUGCCAAAGCUUUUUAAAAAAAUGUUUUUAUUUAAUUUCCAAAAUGUGUGCUUUUAUCAAAGUGACACGGAAACAGGACAGCCAGGCAUUCUCACUUGAGCCGCAACGGGGCGUCCUUUUCCCAUCUCCUCUGCCUUGCUGCUCAGGAACAGCGUAAAUGAAAUGAAAGGGUCGCGUCCCGAAAUGCAACGUCCCUCCGCUCCUCCAGAGGAGGGGGGGCUCCGUGUCACAGUGGCUUUUUUAACGGUAACUUUGGCAGCGUUUCUCUGAGCCAGAAGAGACAGACAAAGCCCCCCUCUCACACACACACACACACACACGUAAUUACACAACGUUAUUGGUGAACAGAUUUUUCAUAUCGGCCGUUGUAACGCGUUGCGCCUCAGACCACAGACACUGUAAUCGCUCGUUAGGACUCCAGACUACAGGCUUCCAACACCCGUCUCCCGCUACUUGUUAAUAAUGUGUGUGUGUGUGUGUGUGUGUGUGUGUGUGUGUGUGUGUGUGUUCGCGCGACGAUAAUUGGAUCUGGUGUCUGAGCGUGCAGGUAGUUGUGUUGAACAUUUUUGUAGCUUUUUUACAAAGCCUUGUUAAGUUAACCGUGUAAAUAUAAAUAUUAUGUUAUCAUAUUUGUUUUUACUUUUUUUAGUUCCUUUUUUAUGGUUUACACAGGUGUGUACAAGUGCACAAGUCAUUUUCUUUCAAGGUGUUACUUGAAGUAUGUCCCUUAAUAUAUAUAUUUUUUGUUUUAUAUUCAAUAUAUAUAUUUUGUAUUAAAGUCAAAAGAAAAGUACUUUUAUUGUUAUUACAUCUGGGCGUACCUGUUCACAGGAGACGAGAUAAACAUAAUUAAACCUGCUCCUUUUUCUCCUCAAAGGUGGCCUUCCUCUCUGAAUCCUCAGCACUGUGCCGAAAACCUCUAUCUCAUGAGGUUUAGUCUUAUAAAUAAGUAUCUCUGGUAAUUGUACUCCCAGCAAUGUUGCAUCAACAUGUACACAAAGCGAAUCAAACAACUACAUGUAGCAAGAGAAUACAUCUGGGGAUUAUGACACCAUGUCGGGCCGUUUGCAGGCGGCUCGGCGCCGCGCUGCGAUGGCCGAGCUGCGUCUUACGUUUUGUUAUUACUGAGCGGCACCGUGGGCUCACAUUUACCGAGCUCAGGUGGACGCGUGUUCCCUGUGAAACAGAAGCCUGGCGUUGUUUAACGGACUGUUAAGAAACGUUGUGUAGCGCGUACAAACGGAGACAUUUUAACCUCGGCUGGUGGUGAGCUUUGUGUUUUCAUCGCAUCCCCCUGCGAGGGUUCAUGUGUGUGCAUGUUUAUUACCUGGGGGGGGGGGGGGGGGGGUCUCACGAGGAGGAGCCUUCCGUGAGGUCAGGCUCCAAUGAAUCCUACCCAACUGAGGAAAUGUUACAUGAGAGGAAAACAAUCAUCUCUUGUCUAGAUUUGACAUCACAAGAUCACACAGACAGGAGGUGUGACAUCCUCAGUCAUGAGACCUGCUUUCAUCUGACCAAAUAAACCCUUAUAAAUAAAAAUAAUAAUAAUAACAGUAAGUUAUAGUCUUGUUUUACCUCAAGAUUUCUUUCUACAAGUGCCUGAUUUCUGGAAUGUGUUUUUGUUCUGCGGUGCCAUUGUCGGAACUUAUCCUUCCGUUUCCUUUAGUUGAUUUCUGGGUCUCCGCCCUUCUCUCCUGUGGUUGAUGGUUAUAACUGAGGCAAUGACCCAAAGACAUGUACAUUUUAAUACAAGCAGUCUAAAUAAAGAUUUUUUUUUUUUUUUGAAGAGCACACUUUAAGCCAAGGACAUGUCUAUGCACUCUCUUAGCCUUUAACUUUGAGGUUAUAAGAGGUGUAGUACUCGGUCAGCUGCUUUUCUUAACAUCUGUCUGUGCCCAGUGAUCCGCAGUGUGUGAAUAUGGUACAUCUAACGAGCUCCGCAUUAGGUCACGUCAGACACGUCACAUCACGGAUGAACUAACAGCCAAUGACGUCAUCAAAAAAGAAAAACUCAACUCAAGUUGGCGUGUUGUCUGAAAUUUGAUUCGCACCCUGUUUCAUUGUUGUAUUUUAAAGUCUUGUUGUACAUACUUUCAUGAUAUGUAGCAUAUUGUAUUGUGUACAUUUGGAAUUGCUUUUUUGGAGUAUAACUAAUAUGAAAUUACUUGACAUUAAGGUUGUCCACCUGAGACCAUUUCCCUCAUGGAUGUGUGCUUUAAAGCAAGGUUAUAUGAUGUAAAUAAACAGAACUACGUUUAAAACUAA